ACUCUUGUUACCAAAGAUGAUGCAGUCUCUGAUGAUGAUUUAAAACUUCCAGCUGAUAUCAAAGCUGCUAUCAAUCGUGAUUCAUUUUGGGACUCUCUUGUAAUAUUAUGUAAUAUGCUUCAUCCCUUUUGUGGAGCCCUUGAUCUUAUGCAGCGUGAUAAAGCAUAUUUUCAUAAUAUUUUACAUGCAUUUGGUUUUUUUAUACAAAUAUUUAAAGAACUUGAGAUAUCACAAUUUCAAACCAAAAUAAUUAAAAGAUUAGAAAAAAGGUGGGCCACGUGGGAACAACCAUUGCUUCUUCUUUCUUUUGGAGAUAUUAUUCUUUGGUGGUCACAUAAUUCUGGUACUGCACCAGAAUUAAGUCGUAUUGCAUGUCAAUUAUAUGGCAUGUGUAUUACAACCGCUUCAGUAGAAAGACUUUUUUCUACUAUGGGCUUUUUACAUUCACUAUUGCGAAAUAAAUUAAAA